CUCCUCCCUCAACGCAGCCAGCGCGCGUCAGUCUCGCAGGGACAUACAUCUCCACUCUACUGCUACCUUCUCUCUCUGGCCCUUUGUCAGAGUGCACGACGUCGUCCGCAAGUCCUUUUCCGGCACCGUCGCCUAUCCGGUCCUGCCGCCCUUCCCGACCCAAGUCAUGUCUUUCGCAGCGAAGCCGGUCAUUCCGGCGACCCCUCGUGUCAUAUCCCCCAGUCCGACACCCUCUGAACGAGAAUCCUCCCAAGAUGGCUCCUACUUUGGUCCAACUACAAGGUCUGCGGCAAGGAGGAAACGGCUCGCCACGCCGCAGCCUGUAGAGGAGAGCCCAGAUGAGGAGGAGGAGGGACGCAACGGCCUGCGCAGGUCACGCACGAGGAGCAGGAGCCCGCUGGCCACCAAGAAGCUGAACGGCUUGACGCCUGUGUCUACCGACAACGGUACCGCCAGCGCAGUAGCAUCGACAGCUACAGCAGCGAAUGGCAAGAAGGCUCCCGAGGCGAACGGACACCUGUCGCCAAACUCGGCCCGGUCUUCAGGCUGGAGCUGGCGGGACUUCAGCCGCAGCCCGAGUCCCCUGGGGCUGAUUCCUAUACAUCGACACUGGCGCACGUUCGUGCACAAGCACGAGGUGCCGCGGAAACUGCUCCACACGUCCAUCGGCUUCCUCGUCACCUGGCUUUAUGUCUCUGGUACGCAGACCGCCUCCGUCUGCCCCUGGCUGAUGGGCGCCCUGCUCCCUAUCGCCACCGUCGACUACAUCCGCCACGCCAACGACUCGUUCAACAGGUUCUACGUCAAGGUCAUGGGCGCCUUCAUGCGCGAGAGCGAGUUCGCCGGCUGGAACGGCGUCGUCUUCUACCUGCUGGGUGCCUGGAUUGUGCUCUACUCCUUUCCCAAGGACGUUGGCGUCAUGGGCGUUCUGCUGUUGAGCUGGUGUGAUACCGCCGCUAGCACUUUUGGCAGACUGUACGGGCGCUACACACCCCGCAUCAGGAAGGGCAAGUCCCUCGCGGGCUCCACCGCCGCCUUCGUCACAGGCGUCAUCACCGCCUGGUGCUUCUGGGGAUGGCUGGCUCCCACUGUUGGGCCGAUGCCCGGCGACGAGACCUUCAUGUUUACAGGCUCUCUCCGCCUUCCCCCUGUCCUAUCGAAUGCCGUGGGUCUGACCGAUACACAGGCCACAGUAUCUGGUGGCUUUGCACUCGCUCUCAUGAGUGCCUGGUCCGGAUUCGCCGCCGCCGCGGGUGAGGUUGUCGACAUCUUCGGUUGGGACGAUAACCUGACGAUACCCGUCCUGAGUGGGCUCGGUAUUUGGGGGUUCUUGAAGAUUUUUGGAUAAGAACAAGGGAUCCAUCUUAUCAGGAUAAACACCAUCAGGAAACAUCUCGUCACUAGUGUCAUCGUAUGGAUCUUGGAAAACACAUCGGUCCUGUCUUUUGUGCCCGAGGCCCUUGGCUAUGCUGAAUGAUCUGGUUGGUUUGAAUUUCAUGACUUAUGGUCGGCAUAUCUCGCGUAAUUUUGUGUGUGGUUUAAACAUGAUGUCCUCAUGAGCGACGUUUUGGAACGAAUUAUUCGAAGUUCAGUGGCUGGCGUUCUUGUGGUUUCGAUGUCGGCGACAGCUUGGGACUAGACAAUAGGGCUUGGGCACCCGAAAUUUAGACCAAUCUCCCAGAUGAUCUUGAAGAGUAUAGAAAAUAUAUUCAUGUGUCUAUCUC